CUGUUUGGUUCUGUUGCAGCGAUUGCGAUCGCAUUACUUUUUCACAACAACGAAAUCAGCAACUAUAACUGGCAAUGCGGGCGUGCUAAUCUUCCAUCACUAUCGCGUAUUAUUAAUUUACCGGUGGAACGAACAUUCUGGCAGCUUCUGCUACUUUUUCAUGUUCCUGUUAGAGUCGUCGAAUUAAUGACUGGAUUUUCUCGUUACAAGCGACUACAAAACAUCUACAAUAAACAUACAUUACUGUAUGAGAUCUCACGUUACUGCUACUUCUAUGCCGGCCUCGGUGAACUCUUAUUUCUUUCGGCUCUGUCGAUUGUUGGCGAACGAGAAAACAUUCAACUCCAUGUGAUAUUCUUCUAUACUUUUGGCUUCUGUGGUAUUGGACAUAUGAUUUCGAACAUUUUCUGCCAUGCACACUCUCUUUACUACCUGAAUCCAUACGGUCGAAUCGGUUAUUAUUUGAAGAUUAUCUCUGCUUCACUUUAUAUUAUAUCAGCACCUAUCUUAGUGGGAUCAUUUAUUCUCUACUGGAAACGAUGCUUAACUUGGGGUAAGUAG